AUGGAUCGCUCCAACAAACCCUCCGCCAUCGGGGUGGGCGCAACCUUGCCCCAGCCUACCAUCUCCCUUCGCGACAACACCGUUAUUGCUACCCUCCCCACCGGCGAGUCGGUCACGAUUUACCUCUACGGCGCCACUGUCACCUCGUGGAAACUUGCAGAUGGGAAGGAACAAUUGUUCCUCAGCGAGAAGGCUCACCUGGAUGGAUCCAAACCCAUCCGUGGUGGUAUUCCCGUUGUGUUCCCGGUUUUUGGCCGUCCUCCUCAGAACCAUGCUACUUCAUCCCUCCCGCAACAUGGCUUCGCUCGGAACUCGAACUGGGAGUUCCUGGGCAAAUCUUCAGAAUCGCUAGCAAAGGAUCAGAAAGAAGGGGACGAUGCCGUGAAGUUGGACUUUGGUCUCUCGCGGCCCAUGCUCACCGAGGAGUUCCAGAAGUCUUGGCCGUAUGACUUUGGGCUUGUAUACAGUGUUACAUUGAUGAAAGACGGCCUGGAGACGUCCCUGCAGGUGCAGAAUAAGGGAAGUCAGAAUUUCGAAUUCCAGGUCUUGAUGCACACGUAUUUCAAUAUCGAGGAUAUCUCUCAAGUUCGAGUCAAAGGCCUCCAGUCCAAGACCUACAUCGACAAGACCCAGAAUGCUUACGUCCAUACCGAAGCAUCCCACGCUAUCGAAAUAAACAAGGAGACAGACCGCGUGUAUCAAUCGUUGGAUCCAGAGGUUCCUAUCGUGUUGUCUUCGGCUAAUAAUGAUACGCCGAUUUUCUCAAUUGCUCGGGAAGGAUUGAACGAUGUGGUGGUGUGGAAUCCCUGGAUUGAAAAGGCCCAGGGGAUGGCUGAUUUUGGCCCGGAUGAGGCAUACAAGAAUAUGAUCUGCGUUGAGGCUGGGUCGGUUGCUGGGUGGCAGAUCUUGGAGGCCGGAGAUUCGUGGGUUGGUGGCCAGACAAUUCGGCCGAGGUUGUAA